CUGAGUGUCGGGCACGGUUUCGGCGCGGGGACACUCGAUUUUCUAUCGCAAGCCGACCGCACGAAGUCGCCGCACGAUAAACGGGCGGGCUCCUUUGCAAAGGCAAGCCGAACGCAUCCGCGCGCACCCAUCCCUGUGCGGGCAGCUACGCGAUGGACGCCACCGGCCGCGCCAGGAGCACAGCCUUCUUCGUGGUUGGGACGCGGAUUUCGGUGCCGGUGCUCGCCGCCCUGCUGCUGGUUUUACUCUCGAAAACCGCCGUGGAAGCCGUGUCCUGCAAGGAUGAGCGAAACGAAGACGUUGAGUGGUUCUUCAUGUACAAAAUGCCCAAGGAGGCAUCCCGGGCCGCCUCGGUGGCCUUCAACAAGGCGUCCACCUCACCGCGGGGCGGAGAGGAGUACUUCUACGUGGACGCGCGGACGCCGGCGUCCACGUCCCGGUGGCCACGCUCCGAGCACUCAGUGGCCGAGGCCACCGGAGCCCUGGCCAACACUUUGGCGCCGCUUUACUCGACGAAUAAGUCCGCGCUGAACCUGGCCUACGCGACGUACAACGACCAGCCUCCGAAUGGCAUUGACGGCGCCACUGUCGACAGCCAUGGCCACACGAAAGGCGUGAUCCUGUUCGACGAGCAGCAGGGCGUGUGGCUGGUCCACAGCGUGCCCGAGUUCCCCAGCUCCCUGCACGGCGGACGUUACGUGUUCCCUGACACCGGCCGUGAGUACGGCCAGACGGCGCUGUGCGUCACAUUCCCGACGAGUCAGCUGGACACAAUAGGUAUGUACAUAGCCCCCGGAGUAUCGAACGCAAUGACGGACGUUCCGCCCCCUCUGCCACCACGGUUGGGGGCUGGCCUCCAAGCUGAACGUCGGUCUGCUGCGUCCGACCAUCUGCACAUGACUCUGCCAGGGUCAUCGAGCGGCUCUGACGUGGACGACAUGGAAUCCGACGGUGGAUAUACAGUGGCCACAAAGCGCCGGUUGAAGAGGAAACUUCCCAGGACUUCAAGCGUACCUGGGCCACUCGCAGACGUCUACGAGGCGGCCGUGGGCGUCACCCUACGGACAGACGUGCUGGCCUCGACGUGGCGCAACGGUCGCGGCGGCAAGCUACCGCCGGCAUGCAACGGCGCCGGCGGCGGUCCUCGGGUGCUGGACGUGCUGCAGAUGCGCUUCGACCAGGCGUCGAGCAACGCGUCGCUGGCCUUCGACAACACCGAGGACCACAGCAAGUGGGCCGUGUCCCUGCCGGGCAAGAAGUGGGCCCACGACAAGGUGCCGGAGAGGGGGGAGAACGACGACGCGGGCUACGUGUGCGUCGGCUCGCUCAACAGAAUGCAAUCUCAACUGCGAAGAGGCGGCGAAACCCUGUGCUUCCGCAACGCCAUGCUCCACGGUUUGCUCCUCAACAGCGUCGUCUCGCACGACACCUGUCCGCGGAACGCCGCGGCCGCUUGAUUCGCAGCGACCAAACUUUACAAGACAUCGUGCUGAGGAAAAGAAGAAUAAAGGUUACGACUGA